AUGUCCGACUCCAGGAGGGUCCAGCCCGUCUCCAUCUCUUUCUCCGGGUCGGGGUUUCUGGCCACCUAUCAGCUGGGCGUGGUCCAGGCGCUGCUGGAGAACGCACCCUGGAUCCUCCGCCACGCCCCCAGAGUAUACGGCGCCUCGGCCGGGUCACUGGUAGCGGCGGCGGUGGCGUGCGGAGCCGAUAUAGGUCGUGUGAGGGAGGAGCUUCUGGUUCUGACUCGUGGUUACGGGUUGGGGUUUCCUCAGUUCAGUCGGUUGGAUGGAGCUCUGAGGAGAACUCUGCCCAAAAACGCCCAUCGUCUCGCCCACGGCCGUCUCCACGUCUCCAUGACCCGCAUCCCCGACGGACACAACGUCCUCGCCUCCGAGUUCCACUCCACCGAGGACCUGAUACGGGCUCUCCUCUGCAGUUGUUUUGUGCCGGUGUUCUGUGGGAUGGUUCCGCCGAGUUAUAAAGGAGUGCACUACAUGGACGGCGGUCUGACCAACAUCCAGCCCACUCAGGACUCCUGUCCCACCCUGACCGUGUCUCCGUUCUCCGGAGACGUGGACAUCUGUCCCUCGGACGCCUCGUCCUCCAGUUUCUGUGAUCUGGUGGUGAACAGGAUGUCGGUUCACGCUACGCUGCCAAACUUCGUCCGAGUGGCCAACGCCCUGUUCCCCCGAGACCGCAGGGCUUUAAAUAAAGCUUUCUACAGCGGAUAUCAGGACACGCUCUACUUCCUGCAGCACAGCCGCUGGGUUUGGCCGUAUCCGGGCUGGGUGUCGGAGUUGGAGCGGGUGGUGGUGAAGCCGGAGGAGUGGAUGUUCCCUCAGCUGGAGGAGCAGGAGGUGGAGGCUGAGGAACUGGUUCUGGAGAGCCCCCUAGAGGUGGUUACUGAGAACAGCAGAGCGGUUAAUAUGGAGCCACCCAACAAUCAGAACCUGCUGAACCCGAGCAGCAAUAUCAACUCUCCCAGACAAGCACUGGAAGUGCUGAUCUGUAAUUUGGUGGCGAAUCUCGGGAUGAUCAGUAUCCUCAGCGUUUACCUGCCGCAGAAAUCCCUCCCAUACCUGCUCCUCCCCCUGUCAAUCAUCAUCUGGGCCACCACCUCCUUCACCAGCAGGGUGGAGCCGUGGGUCCUCUCCCUGUAUCAGGUGGUUUACUGGAUCUGGCAGGACACCAAACACAUGAUGUGGUUCAUCCUCGGCAUCAUCGUCUCCACCGUACAGAGAGCCAUACAGCACAAGAUGCUGAUGCUGUUUCUUGACCGAACGAAAGACUUUGGAAUGGAGAAGAGUCAGCUCUCCAUCUCUCCAUCCUUCCGCCAUAAUCCCUCCAUCCCUCCAUCCAUCCACGCCCUGCUCUUCACCCUGGAGAUGAGGAGACGACAGAGAGAGAGCCGGCAGAACGUUCCCUAAACCUCCAAUACUGACCGUACGAGUCCUGGAAACCACUCAACACUGUAUAUAUAUAUAUAUAUAUAUAUAUAUAAAAUACUAUAUAACACUAUUAUCAUUAUUAUAACCAGAAUAUUCACUCAUCUCUCUUCAAUCUCAUAUAAACAUAAAUAACGUUCCCUAAACCUCUACAGCCCCCGAUACUGACCGUACGAGUCCAAAGAUCCACUUAACACUGUAUAUAUAUAUAUAUAUAUAUAUAAAAUACUAUAUAACACUAUUAUCAUUAUUAUAACCAGAAUAUUCACUCAUCUCUCUUCAAUCUCAUAUAAACAUAAAUAACGUUCCCUAAACCUCUACAGCCGCCGAUACUGACCGUACCAGUCCAGAAAAACACCCAACACUGUAUAUAUAUAAAAUACUAUAUAACACUAUAUAACCAAAAGUAUUCACUCAUCUCUCUUCACUCUCAUAUGAACUUAAAUAACGUCUCGUUCUUAAUCUGUUAACUUUAAUAUGAUGUUUGUUGAGCCUUUACAGCUUUAACAGCUUCAGCUCUUCAGUUUCUCUUUCACGAGGUUUAGGAGUGUGUUUAUGUGUUUAUGGUGUUUAUGGUGUUUACAGGAGUUUUUCACCCCUGAUUCUUCACUCUAAUUCAUCACUAAGAUGUUUUAUCAGGUUGAGAUCAGGACUCUGUGCAGGCCAGUAGGGGUGUGCCAUAUUGUAUCGUACGCAAUAAUAUCUCCAACAUUUUUGAAUAUGGUGAUUAUUAAUAUUAUAUCUUGAAAUAUGGUAUCAUAUGAACCACCCCUAAUUAUCACAUCAGGGUUCUACUUUUUACUGUUUUUAUCAAAAGAAAAA